AUUCAACUUAGUCGUGAGGGGGCCAGGAGUGAUUUUAGACUUGCGUGGUAGAACAAAUGGUAAGAAAUUGUUCGCUUUUCCUUGUUAGGUCUAUAAUAAAACCACAGUGACGAAAGCUAGGGACUAGCGAAUAAUUUACAGGUGAGGAGGAACGAGGCGUCGUCCUUUUGGUGUAGAAUUGUCGUGAAACAACGGACGAAACGUUCCAUUCUUUGUGUCAACAGACGGAUGUCAGGAGGCCGCCAUUUUUGUCGGAGUCAUCCUUAUCGAGUCCUGCGUGCAAGAAGACUUCAAGUUCAACACUCCACUUCACACUAGAACAAUAGGUAUUUUGUUCAGGCAAAUUUUGGGUGGCAGUAGACAGUCGAUGACAGUAGAGCAACUACAUGUAACAAGUACAUGAAAAGAAAAACGCUUAUAGAAUACAUUUCUACCGUACAGACUUACUUUAAGUGGCAAUACGGGACUUGUAUUUGAUUUAAGCGCCAGCUUAUAACCGGAUAACUGGUCAGGAUUUUGGAUUUCUACACGACGGAGUCUACCAGAGUUAUCCAAGAUUUCUUCCCGUAAGCGUAUCAAGAUGUCAGCGGGGUCGUCACGGGGCCAGAACCCGCACGGGUUAAAACAAAUUGGCUUGGAUCAGAUCUGGGACGACCUGAAGGCUGGGAUAGAACAGGUGUACCGUCGACAAACCAUGGCCAAGCCAAGAUACAUGGAGCUGUACACACAUGUGUAUAACUACUGUACCAGUGUCCACCAGUCCCAAGGACGCGUCUCUUCUGCUAAGAGUAAGAAGGGAGGCCAGCCGACUGGAGGGGCCCAGUUCGUGGGUCUGGAGCUGUACAGACGACUCAAGGAGUUCCUCAAGAACUACCUGAUCAAUCUCCUCAAGGACGGCGUUGACCUGAUGGACGAAGACGUGCUGCACUUCUACACCAAACAGUGGGAGGACUACCAGUUCUCCAGCAAGGUUCUCAAUGGCGUGUGUGCCUACCUGAACCGCCACUGGGUCCGACGGGAGUGUGACGAGGGCAGAAAAGGGAUCUACGAGAUUUAUUCACUUGCCCUGGUGAUCUGGAGAGAACACCUCUUCAAACCGCUGAACAAGCAGGUGACCAACGCUGUCCUGAAACUGAUCGAGCGGGAGAGAAACGGGGAGACCAUCAACACCAGACUUAUCAGUGGAGUUAUACAGUGCUAUGUUGAGCUGGGUCUGAAUGAGGAUGACCUACUGGCUAAAGGUCCGACACUCACCGUGUACAAGGACUCGUUUGAGAACCACUUCCUGUCAGACACGGAGCGGUUCUACACCAGUGAAAGCUCAGACUUCCUCCGACAGAACCCGGUUACAGAGUACAUGAAGAAGGCCGAGCAGCGUCUACAAGAAGAACAGAGAAGGGUACAGGUGUACCUACAUGAGAGCACACACGACGAGCUGGCCAAGAAAUGUGAACACGUGCUCAUCGAGAAACACCUGGAAAUCUUCCACGCAGAGUUCCAGAACCUUCUGGAUGCAGACAAAAACGAAGAUCUGGGCAGGAUGUACAGCCUUGUGUCCAGGAUCCAUGACGGUCUGGGGGAGCUGAGAAACCUGCUGGAGCAACACAUCCACAACCAGGGUCUGGCUGCCAUUGAGAAGUGUGGGGAAACAGCCGUUAAUGAUCCCAAGGUGUAUGUACAGACCAUCCUGGAAGUGCACAAAAAGUACAAUGCCUUAGUCCUGACAGCUUUCAACAACGACUCUGGAUUUGUGGCAUCUUUAGAUAAAGCAUGUGGUAGAUUCAUCAACAACAAUGCAGUAACACGGAUGGCCCAGUCAUCCAGCAAGUCUCCAGAACUACUGGCAAGGUACUGCGACUCACUGCUCAAGAAAAGCUCGAAAAAUCCAGAAGAAGCUGAGCUAGAGGACACCCUGAACCAAGUAAUGAUAGUAUUCAAGUACAUAGAAGACAAGGACGUGUUCCAGAAGUUCUAUGCCAAAAUGCUGGCCAAGCGUCUGGUGCAGCACAACUCUGCCAGCGACGAUGCAGAGGCCAGCAUGAUCUCUAAACUCAAGCAAGCCUGUGGGUUUGAGUACACGUCCAAGCUGCAGAGGAUGUUUCAAGACAUCGGAGUCAGCAAGGACCUCAACGAGCAGUUCAAGAAACAUCUGGAGAAGAGCGGCGAACCUUUGGAUGUGGACUUCAGUAUCCAGGUGUUGAGUUCUGGGUCCUGGCCGUUUCAACAGGGAGCUUCUUUCACCCUGCCUAGUGAGCUGGAGCGAAGUUUCCAGCGUUUCACCACGUUCUACAGCAGCCAGCACAGCGGCAGGAAGCUGAUGUGGCUCUACCACAUGUCCAAGGGAGAGCUGGUCACCAACUGUUUCAAAAACAGGUACACCCUACAGGCCUCGACGUUCCAGAUGAGUGUGUUGUUACAGUUUAACCAGGCAGACAGCUACACUGUGCAGCAGCUACAUGAACACACACAGCUCAAAAUGGAUAUCCUACAACAAGUCCUUGCCAUCUUGUUGAAAGCAAAACUGCUAGUAAGCGAAGACCAAGAGGAGGAGUUGAAGUCAGAGUCGGUGGUGUCUCUCUUCCUGGGCUACAAAAAUAAGAAGCUGCGAGUGAACAUCAACGUGCCGAUGAAGACAGAACAGAAGCAGGAACAGGAGACGACUCACAAGCACAUCGAGGAGGACCGCAAACUUCUCAUUCAGGCUGCCAUUGUCCGAAUCAUGAAGAUGCGUAAAGUGUUAAAACACCAGCAGCUGCUGGGAGAAGUGCUGACUCAGCUGUCCUCCAGAUUCAAGCCCAGGGUACCUGUCAUCAAGAAAUGCAUCGACAUCUUGAUAGAGAAGGAAUAUCUGGAGAGGGUGGACGGGGAGAAGGACACCUACAGCUACCUGGCAUGAUGACUUCCAACCUGUAUAAUUCAGCCACCCCCCUCCCCCCUUCCUCAGCUUAUGGUUCUGUUCUUAUGCUGCACAUAUCAGUGUAUAUAAUACUUUUUCCUAUAUGAUUCAGAUCCUGUGUUCUAGAGAACAAUUCGUUAGUUUGAUGAGAGAGUUAAUUAAUGAUUUGAUGAACAACUAUUGUCUUAAUAAGAUACCGUGAAACAAAAGCUGAUGUUUUGUGAAGAUAAUACACAUACCCACACAACUCUGAUUCCAGUGACUGGCAAAAGAAUUAGUCGGCCAAAUGUGUUCCUAACUAACCACGGCCAGAGCUUUAUGUGUACUGCCAAUAUAUUGGCUGUAGAGUUUUUACCAAGAAGGAUACCAGUACAUACAAUAUGGUAUAGUGUAAUACAGUAGGUCCCUUUGCAGGACUUCCACCCCCAUUCAAGUCAACCCAAUGCAGGCACCGAUAGAACUAGACACAGAAAAAGAGCUUUGCAAAGCAAAUCUCUGUAACAGCGUUUUUGAUAUUCAUUGUACAGAGUCGAGAUUUCAAAAAUUGUCCUGCUUGUCUAAAAAUUAUGUUCUUGUAUUUAUAAUGCCAACCCAUCAUCAAGACAGGAAAGACAAUGAAAUGUUGCUCCACGCUUUGUUUCCUGUAUCCAACAUUAAGAUGUGCAACUCAAUAUAUUGAGAAAGUGUCCAUAGAUUUCCAUUAAUAGACCCUACUAGGAAACAUUGUGUUCAGUGUUAACAUUGGGAGGGCAGGGAUUUGAUUUUGCCUCUGUUGUUGCACAAUUAAUUGCCAAGAAGGCACCUGUAUGUAACAAUUACGUUUGAUAUAACAAAUGUAGAUUUGACAAGAAUUUCAGCGUAAGGUUUAAAUGUUGGUCCACCAUGUAGGGUAUAAGUUACAGACUGUAAAUUUGGAGUAAUUUUUUGAUGAACUUAAUUAUAAGCUUCCGAGUUCUCUGUUGGUUAUUAGAAAUAGAAGCACACCACUUAAGACUGGAGGGAAAGAUUGGAAGAAGGGAAAAAAAUAUUUUGUUGAAUGAUGUAAAAAGAUUUCUGUUACCAUUCUGGGGGAAGUGAACAAUCACCACGUGCACCACUACAGUUAAGUCAAGGAACAUUCACAGAAGGAAGUAAAGAUCGGAUUCGGGAGGAACCUAGCAAGACUUGUGCAAAGACCUUAUCUCAAGAACAUGCUGCACUAAAGUCUUGUUUGGUAGGUCAUCCUUGGAAAAUCUUGAGAAUCUUUCAAAUAAGCUACAGUGGAACAUUUGACCCCAAAUUCUGUAGUAAAAUGUUAGACCUGUGCAAUCCACCAAUACAGUGUACAAUGUACAUGUGUUUAUAGAACUUUCUAAUCUUACACUGCAGACCAAAAUAAUGGUAACACAAGUAUUUAACCCAGGUUCAUCUGAAAAUGUGUGAACAAUAAAGAAUGCCUUCCAUGAAUUUGAAUGAUUGAUACUGGUAUUCAAAGUAUGCUUGCAGAAUACAUUCAAUGAAGCUGCAGAAUUUUGUCCACACACAGUUCACUCUCCUACCAACAAAAUGUGAUCUUACAUACUUGCUGCAACUUUAGGAAGGUAUGUAAGUACAGACAUGAUUGGAAAUGUGGAAGGUUGUUUAAAACAGUCUGUUUAAUACCAGUUUCUGAAAUUAAAACCAUUCAUUUUGCCUGUCAUUUGCUAUGUUUUCUUACUGCAAGUCAGCAGUUAAAUGUAUUGGUUGAUCAUCAACUGGCAAAUGAUAUCAACUUUGUGUUGUUUAUAAUAUGCUUUGGAAUGAAAAGUUCAAUGUGCAUAUUGAAGCUUGUUGUGUAUCAUCUAUGAAAUAUUUUCCUGUUAAUAAGGUAUAUGUCAUGUUUAAUGUAUGAUGUUAGAAUGGUGCUCCACCAUACUUGAAAAAGCUUUUGAGACAUCAGGCCAAGUCUGUCUCAUGUGGAGUUUUCCUCUAUUGUCAUAAAGAUAUGGUCCAUAAUAUUAUACAAUGUAUGUGGAAUAAUAUGGAUUACAUACAUUUUCUAGUUUUGCCUCAGCAUCCAUACAAGGUCUUACUGUAUUGAACAAAACUGUGGAUUUUGUUUCAGAAACACACACACACAAAAGCAACAAGAGGAACACAGAAUUUCAGUGGUGUAAUUUUAAUUGACUUAGGAUGUUUUCCCAUUCAGUGGAAGAAUUGAGACCCUAUUUUUCAAUGCUCCAACAUGUAUCCAGAUUCAACCAAGGCUUGCAAAAAUGCCUGUUGGAUUGUUCACAUGUUGGGUAGCAGAAAACGACUAUAUCAGUAGUUUUGUUGGAAUAUAUUGAUGACAGGGAGUGGAGCAUUGUGGUAUUGGAAAGUGGUGGAUCACAUUUAAUGCACUGGUGAGUUAAAUAAGUCUCCAGAUUUGUUUUUUUUUUGUACAGGAAUUCAUUUCAGACAAGAUAACUGUUCGCUAUACUUGUUCACAGGUUCCAGCACAGAUUGUGAUGAGAGAUAAAGAGAAGACCCAGUGCUGUUAUCAUAGGAGGUUUUCUCUUUAAGCUGUACCAUAUAUUAGGUUAAUACUAUUUUUCAUCCGCAGACCGUAUGCGGUGAUCAAUAAAUAAACUUUGAAUGAA